UCAAUAUUAAGUCGAUGUACCAUCCCUUCCAUAUCAUGAGUUAUUUAUCAACAUAUUAUUAUGAAAAUGACAAAUGUAUACGGAUUGGUUGAUCUGGAAUAAUGACUGAUCAAACUUUUGUAUAAAUUCUAUGUUCAUGUCAAAUAUCGUUCAAAACUAUGAUGAAAUAAGAAGCUGCACAAUGAACUUCUUUGCAGCGAGAUCAUAUUUACUUUGUUUUAUCUUGAUGUAUAGUUAUGGACAACUGUUACCUUUAACUUCGGACUUUAUCAAGCAAGGCUAUGUGUCCGAGAGCAUGGAUGAAGGUGUUUUUGCUGUACACACCCUGGAAAUCAAGUCUCUUAUAGAGUGUGCAUUGCGUUGUGGCAUGAAUAUACUUUGUAACGCUGUGGACUUUUGCUUUCUUGAUGGUUUAUACACCUGCCGAUUCCGUUAUGGACAUGCUAACCUUUCAAACACCAUUACACAAUGUGAAGUUUACGAAAUCACAGCUAGCAAAGACUGCCCGGAUGGAUUAUUCUUAAGAGCCCAAGGAAUAUGCAAAAUCAAUACUGAUGAGUGCCAGAAUGACCCAUGUCUUAACGGAGCCACAUGUACGAACACAUCCGGCUCAUUCAACUGUACAUGUGACGCCGGAUGGACCGGGAUAGUUUGUGAUGAAGAUAUCAAUGAAUGUCUUGACAAUCCUUGUCAAAACGGAGGAACAUGCAGCAACAGCGAUGGAUCUUUCACGUGUACAUGCGCUGGUGGAUUCACAGGGGCACUCUGUAAUGAAGAUACUGAUGAGUGCCAGAAUGACCCAUGUCUUAACGGAGCCACAUGUACGAACACACCCGGCUCAUUCAACUGUACAUGUGACGCCGGAUGGACCGGGAUAGUUUGUGAUGAAGAUAUCAAUGAAUGUCUUGACAAUCCUUGUCAAAACGGAGGAACAUGCAGCAACAGCGAUGGAUCUUUCACGUGUACAUGCGCUGGUGGAUUCACAGGGGCACUCUGUAAUGAAGAUACUGAUGAGUGCCAGAAUGACCAAUGUCUUAACGGAGCCACAUGUACGAACACACCCGGCUCAUUCAACUGUACAUGUGACGCCGGAUGGACCGGGAUAGUUUGUGAUGAAGAUAUCAAUAAAUGUCUUGACAAUCCUUGUCAAAACGGAGGAACAUGCAGCAACAGCGAUGGAUCUUUCACGUGUACAUGCGCUGGUGGAUUCACAGGGGCACUCUGUAAUGAAGAUACUGAUGAGUGCCAGAAUGACUCAUGUCUUAACGGAGCCACGUGUACGAACACACCCGGCUCAUUCAACUGUACAUGUGACGCCGGAUGGACCGGGAUAGUUUGUGAUGAAGAUAUCAAUGAAUGUCUUGACAAUCCUUGUCAAAACGGAGGAAUAUGCAGCAACAGCGAUGGAUCUUUCACGUGUACAUGCGCUGGUGGAUUCACAGGGGCACUCUGUAAUGAAGUUCUGCCGAACAUCGCAUUAGGUAAACCUGCCGAGCAAUCAUCAACAUUUAAUGACUAUAAUGCCUCGUAUGCAGUGGAUGGUGACAACGGUACAGACGUUGGUGUAGACAAGUGUGCAGUCACACGUGAUGGCGACAGAAAUCCGUGGUGGAGUGUGGAUCUGCAGGCUGUGUACAACAUCACAUCUGUCAGAAUACUCAGUAGCAGAAUGGACCGAUACGGAAGAGGUAAGUGUAAAAAGAAACAACAUUGCAAGGCUUGUUUGUUUUUAUAUCCAAACUUUAUAUAUGUAUAACAUCACAACUGUCAGAAUUCUUAACAAAGGAAUAGACAGU